CCACUCAGGGGGGCGAUGCUCCUCCUCUUCCUCCUCCUUUGCCUCUGCCCGCUCCUCCUCCCCCCGCUCCAUCCCCCGAGCCGGGAGCUCGAGGAUUUCUCCUUCCCAAAGCUUGGCCAGAUGAAGGAGGCUGCGAGGAAGAGGAAGAUGCCACGGGCCCCCCGGGCAGGCCCCGAGCUGAGGACGGAGGGCACGGAGGACAAAUCCCCCCGGCAGACCCUGGUGGGAGAGGCCGUUUUGAAGGGCUCCACGGCACAGGAAGGCAGCGGGCAGGAAAAGGGCCGGCGAUCCCCCCGCAGGAGGGGCUCCAAAGCCAGCCCAGGGUGCUCUGAGGAGGAAAAAACCAGCCUGUGCCAGGAAGGCGGCCAGAGCUUGAGCUGGAGCUCCGACCUGGUGGUGCAGCAGCAGCUUCACACCAGCGAGAAGCCCAACAAGUGCUUGGAAUCUGGGAAGAGCUUGAGCCAGAACUCCGAGCUGGUGGUGCAGGAGCGCAUCACUGCCCUGGGGAAGCCCUACAAGUGCCCCAGCUGUGGGAAGAGCUUCUGCAGCAGCUCCAACCUCCUUGCCCACCAGCGUGUCCACACGGGGGAACGGCCCUACGAGUGUGCGGAAUGUGGGAAGACCUUCAUCUAUGGCUCCCACCUCUUCACCCACCGCCGGGUGCACACGGGGGAACGGCCCUACAAGUGCUUGGAAUGCGGGAAGGGCUUCAGCGUCAGCUCCCGCCUGAUCCGCCACCAGCAGAUCCACACUGGGGAACGGGGGCCUCGGCCCUACAAAUGUGGGGAAUGCAAGAAAAGCUUUAGAGACAGCUCCGGCCUCAUCACCCACCAGCGCAUGCACACGGGGGAUAAGCCCUACAAGUGCUCAGAAUGUGGGAAGAGCUUCAGCAUCAAAUCCAACCUGACCCAGCACCAGAAGACCCACACGGGGGAAUGGCCCUACCAAUGUCUCGAGUGUGGGAAGAGGUCUCGGAGCAGCUCGGACCUCCUCAAGCACCAGCAGACACACACGGAUGAGAGGCCCUUCCGCUGCACUGACUGCGGGAAGGGCUUCAAACGCAACUUCACCCUCGUGAAGCACCGGCACAGCCACAACAGGGAGGGGCCCUACAAGUGUGAGGAGUGUGGGAAGAGCUUCACCCACAGCUCUGCCUUGACCACACACCAACAGAGCCACCAGUAAGGGAAGCCCUGCGAGUGCCCGACUGUGGGAAGAGCUUCAUCUGCUGCUCCAACUCCAUCACCUGUCGGAGGACCCACGUUGGGAACAGGCUUGGUGACCCACAUUCCCAGUGACCCACGUUGGGAAGACCCCUGGCUGGUGGACUGGUAGGAUAG